UUUCGUGUACACAAAUGCAUUGUAUCUUAUUGAAAUGUAUUUUAAUAUAAUAAUUUUUAAGCUAUUUGUAAUAUUUGACAUUUUUUGUAAUGUUCAUUAUUUAUAGGUGAUUCGGGUUACAUGAGCCAGCCUUGGCUCAUUACGCCGUUGCGUAACCCUGCAGACGAGGCCCAGGAGCGCUACAAUUGGGCGCACAAGUGGACUAGGGGUGUAGUGGAGCGGAUGUUUGGGCUCCUCAAAAUGUGCUUAAGAUGCCUGGACAGGUCUGGAGGAGCCCUCCAAUACAGCCCUAGGAAGGUGGCAAAGAUUGUUAUAGCCUGUAGCGUCCUGCAUAAAAUAGCUCAGUGGGCUGGUAUGCUGCAGGCUGUCCAGGCGCCCCGAGACCUCCUCCAAGAUGAGGAGGACAACCCAGUUCUAGAGGGGCCAUUCCGGGACGAGGAGCUCAAUGUCAGAGACAACAUCAUCAACCGCAACUUUAGACUGUAAUUUUUACAUCAGAUGAUUCUGGCAUUGGCUCCUGUAAUGACUUUGCCACCUGAUUUUCAAAGACUG